AAAUAGCGUCUCCUUUUGCUGUUUAUACUUUGAUCGCUUUCAAUUUCCAAAUUUAUACAUACUCUGCAUCAGAAAAAUAGUUUUGAAUUGAUUUGAUCAUUAUGUUUGAGCGCUAUUUGGCUGCGUUAGAGUAUCCUUCUCAGGGUGGAAUAAACAUAGAUGAUCCGAAGGAGUUUCGCAACAUUGUGUUAUGGUUAGAAGAUCAAAAAAUUCGACACUAUACCAUUGAGGAUCGCGCGAACCUAAGGAAAACAGGUUCUGCGACUGAUUGGGACCCGGCAUAUGCAAAAUACAAGAUAGAUCUCGGGUUUCCUGCAAAUCUUAAAUCUAAAACUGAAGAGUUGACAUGGUUGUUCUUGUAUGCGAUUAAACUUGAGUAUUCCGACAAUGCUGAUCGAUACCGGUCGAUAACGGCUGCUCAAAAAAUCGAGCAAGAAAAGAAAUCCUCUGCUGCACCGGAAAUCAAAUCCACUAAUCCGUUUGAUAAAUUAGACUUUACAAGCCCAGAUUUUGAAGAAGGUUCGCGGAAGUUAGCUGAAAAGUUAGGCAUUGCCUAUCAUCCGGACCAUUUGGUAUCUCUGAGGGCUGCUAGUUAUGUUAUAUCGACGGCGCUUAACAAGGAAGUUUUAAAAGAGCCAAUUAUCACUGGGAAACCGUUUCCGAUUGAUGAAGGAAUUGGAAUGGGUUUUGAAAAUCAUCAAGACCUUGAAAAAGCAGCUCGGAUUUUGCGAUUAUUGCAAAUUCAAAACCUUCGUAAAUUGCAAACUGCCAUUAACGAGACAAUUGUGGCUGUACAGAAUAUUACUGCAGACCCUAGAACCGAUACAUCACUGGGUAAAGUUGGCAUGAAGUAAGGAAGUUUCUCUUAAAUAUGUGUACGCGUUAUUCAACGUAAUAAUUAAACAUUUAAAUAUGUACAACUAUAA